AUGGCCGCAUCCACCCUCUCCAUCUGCUCCAGCGACCUGAGCUACGACAGCCGCGUCUGCCUGCCCCGUUCCAGUGACUCCUGCACCGACUCCUCCUGGCAGGUGGACGACUGUCCAGAGAGCUGCUGUGAGCCCUCCUGCUGCGCCCCCAGCUGCUGCCAGCCCACCUGCUGUACCCUCAUCUGUACCCCAGUGAGCUGCAUGUCUAGCCCCUGCUGCCAGGUGACCUGUGGGCCCAGCCCCUGCCAAUCAGCCUGCACCAGCUCAUGCACACCCUCAUGCUGCCAGCAGUCUAGCUGCCAGCCCUCCUGCUGCACCUCCUCCCCCUGCCAGCAGGCCUGCUGUGUGCCCGUCUGCUCUGGGGCCUCCUCCUGCCCAGCCCCCUCGUGCUGCCAGCCCACCCCCUGCCUCUCAUCCUGCUGCAGACCCUCCUCUUGCAUGUCUGUCAUCUGCCGGCCCGUGUGCAGGCCUGCCUGCUGUGUCUCCUCCUGCUGUGGCCCCACCUCCUCCUGCCAGCCCAGCUGCUGCCGCCAGUCCUCCUGCAUGGCCCUGCUCUGCCGCCCUGUGUGCUCCCGCCCAGCCUGCUGUGUCCCCACCUCGGCCCAGAAGUCCUGCUGCUGA